AUGGCAUCCAAGAAGGAAGAGUUCGGGCCUACAAAUCCACCUGGGAACGAUGAAAGUAGCGAUGAAGAGGAAACUACGUUCAAUCCAUCUGCUCCCGGGGACUUCCGUGGAAAGGUUACGAAGUAUUCUACCGCUACACAGGAGUAUCCCACCCCUCCAGCAUACAACGUAGGCGAAGAAGUCUUCCUCCUCAUCCCCGGUCAGGCGCAACCAGCAGGCCCGUACGAAGUUAUGCAAUCUCUAGAUGGAAAGCUGUACCGCAUCAAGACCAAAGAUACUGGGCAGGAACACGGUUCGCUCGUAAGAGAAAGUGACUUGGUGUACAAGGUUUAG